GACCCCGGCGUGUAAGAGGAUGAUGAUGAUGAUGAUGGUGAGAUCAGUGGUCUCGUACCUGAGCAGCUCGGAGCUCGUGGCCGGUUUCCAGCACGCCUGCGGGUUGUUUCCGUCCUCUCAGAAGCGGCUCAGCGCGGGGAGCCACGGCCACGCGAACGGCAAGCGCGCGCCGAACAGCAAAAACGACGACUUGAGUUCUCAGUACGAGGUAAAGAACUGGCCACUGUACGUCCUGUUUAUGGCAUCUGCCACUCUGGGAAAUGAAGUGUUCUACAUCUCCUUUCUGCCCUUCAUCCACUGGAACCUGGAUCCCUUCCUGUGUCGCCGCCUCGUCAACAUGUGGGCUGUGGUGAUGUAUAUAGGACAGGUGAUGAAGGAUGUGCUGAAGCUCCCUCGUCCUUUAUCGCCCCCUGUGGUAAAACUGGAACAUCGUGUUGAGUUUGGCAUGCCCUCAACUCAUGCCAUGGCCGCCACAGCCAUCGCCUUUACAUUAUUGCUGAGCGCAACAGAGAGAGUCAAGUUUCAGUUUGAGCUUGGCCUCGUCAUAGCCGUGGUUCUCUCAGCCCUCGUCAGUCUCAGCCGCCUUUAUACUGGUGUGCACUCAGCCAUGGAUGUGAUCUGCGGGACUCUCAUAUCCGGCCUCAUUCUGGCCGUGUCCUACCCUCACUGGGACAGUUUGGACUUUUACCAGCUCAACAGCCCGCUCUCUCCUGCCAUCACACUGUUUCUGCCCCUCAUCCUGUGCUACAAAUACCCCGAGCUGGACCAUUACAGCGCCACACGGGGGGACACUACUAUCAUUUUGGGCUGUGGUGCCGGCUGUUCAGUUGGCUACUGGCUCAACCAAAGGCUCGGCAUGACUUUUGAACCCUCGGGGCCCUUCCCGGUAACCCUGCCUCCUAUGAACACAACGCUGUUCACUCUUGGAUUUGCACGGUUCUGCGUGGGGGUUUCGAUCCUAGUGCUAACCCGGCAGGUGAUGAAGUGGAUCGCACUCCGGCUGCUGUGUUUGCAUUAUGGUGUAGCGGUUAACGAUUGUAAAGCUCAGAGAAGGAAAGAAAUCGAAGUGCCGCUGAAGUUUAGCACGUAUACUGUGGUCGGGUUGGUCAACAGCGUGGCGGUGUGUCGGGUUUUCAUGCUGCUGGGGUUGCUGUGACUUUGUUCACGUGAGACUCGCGCAAUCACUCAUCUUCACACGGUUUCAAACCACACGCCCAGUUUCUGUGGCUUUUAUGUUCAUAAUCUGUGGAAGACUUGGCCCCAUCCUCUUUCUGACGAGUCAGCUAUAAAGGGCUUUUUUUUCUCCACAUGAUAUUUAUGUAAUCUGAUUGACAUUAACGCACAUUUACAGCUGCGUAGAGGCAUCAGUCAACAGGUCAACCAUCUAAUAAAAUGGAGUGAGCGCAGUGACGUAGUGUUAUCCGAAGAGGGAAAUACAUGUGAGUAUUUACAGUGGCAUUGAAGUAUUUGCAUCGAGUUUAAUCAUGUAACAUACAUUUUCAUAAGAACACUUAAAGGCUAAUGAAUCAUACACUGAGAGAUUCGCAAUCAUAAAUCAAGUACAAUUUUACCUUAUAUUCAGUACUUUUUAAAAUAUUUUUCUUUUCUUCUUCCCUUCUUUUGUAUCCAUGUACUUUUUUCACUCUUCUACUUCUUUUUCUUCUUCUUCUUAUCUCGCUUUCUUUGCCUUUUAGUAGUUUUCAUCACUAGUGUGACUUUAUUUUCGACUGUACAGUUUAAUGUCGGUCACAUGAUAUCAUCAACGAUGGUGCAACAACUGACAUCUUUAGAGGAUUACGAGCAUAAUUCGUUCCAGAAGCGGGCUCAUAUUCCAAAACACUCAUAAACCAAAUCGGAUUUUCCCAUAAGAAAUAAUGGGAACUCAAAUUAUUCGUUCCACAGACCAAAAAAUAAAUAUAUAAAAAUAUUAAAUAAAAUAUAAAGUAAAAAUAAAACAAAUUAACCUGCACUUUACCUUUAAAAAAGUACAGAAUAAAUCCCGACAGAUAAGUGUUUCCGUUUAUGCGCGCAGGCGCUGUGUAUGUGUGUGUAUGUGUGAAGCUAAAGUAAGAGGAGAGGAGGAAUCAGCCCCUCCACCUAUCUCUCUUCUUAUCUUACUCAGUAAACAUUUCUUCUCUCUUAUUUAAAAUUCUCACACACACACACAUCAACAGAAAGAUGUUUUAUCAGUCAAGUUAGCAAGGAACAUUGCUAAUGACACUUGCGUGAGGAUAUGCUAACGAAAUCACUGCUGUAAAGUAAAAAAAAAAAAAAACUAACCUGCACUUUACCAUUUAAAAACAAUUGCAUGAAGAAAUGUGUGUGUGUGAAGCCGAGAGGAGGUGGGGGUGAGGGUGUGAAGGGGCAUGGUGUCAAAUUAUGCGUGCGCGCGCACACAACAGGCUGAAACAGAGAGAGAAAAAAUGGAUUUUUAACCUUAAGUCCAAUGAGACUUGCUUUUGUUUUACACACGCCACCUGUUAAAUUUUUUUUUCUCUUCUCGUGGACCGAUUGUAAUGAAACAAAGACUAUAUGCUGCUUUGCGACAAUGACAAUUGUUAAAAGCGUUAUACAAAUAAAAUUGAAUUGAAUGUUACCUCGUAACGUAGGUACGACCAAAUACACCUGUAAAAACCCCAUUAAAAUGUGUUAAGUAGUUUUUACGUGAUGCGUGCGCAAACAUUCUAAAAAACAUCUUGAUGUGUUCCAUUACUUAUUUUACAUUACCACAAAUAAUGUUUUCUGAAAAUAUUUUCUAUGUACAGACACGCCCACUUUACAGUCUUUAACAGUUACAGUAUAUAUAAUGCUUUUACUUUGACAUGAUUCCAAAUAUGUCCUUAUUUGUAUAUAAAACACCCCAUGAAUCUCUCAGGCUGAUCCACGCUGGUGGACUUUUCUAUCCUACGAUUUAUAUCUUGAUUUUCCUCUUUUCCAUCAGUUUCUGCAUGACCUCCCGGAGUGUUCUUAUAAAUAUAAAUAGUGGUACAUUAUUUUGUGUAUGAUUAAACUCAAUGCAAGUAUUGUAUUGUAAUAUUUCCUCUGUGCUGUGUGUAAAUAAUUUAAAUGUAAAGUAAAAUUCUUUUACUGCCCUCACGGGCAUCAUAGUAGUGGUGGUGGGGUGGGGUGGGGCUGGUACAGACUACACGGGACCCCAGAGACAGGAGGGCUCUUGUAAUUCUUGAAUGAAAUAUCAGAGAUAUGGAUGAAGAAUGGAAAGGGCCCAAUGUAACUGUUUAUGUACGGGGCCCAAAGUUGUGUGCUACGCCUCCUGCUGGCCUACAUGGAACUGCUUGAGAGCAUGCAGGUGAUUUGGCUGGUGUGUGAGGUGGGCAUUAUGCAUCUGUUGUUUCACUUUAACACUGUAAUGGGGUUACAGUGCCCCUUUUCUCAGACUCUCAACUUAAGCUUUUCUGGAACGUUUGCAGCUCUGUUAACACUAACGUCAGCAGAACAAGACGUGCUAGCAGGUUAUUACACCGAUUAGCAUUAGCACGCAAGAUAAAUGUAUAAAUCAAACCCACACUGAAACAUGUUAAAGGGACGCAGGGGCGUGUCCUCUGGCUAUGUUACAACCCUACUGUAGCUACCUCUCAACUUAAAGGUUAUAACUGAUCCAUCAUGGUGCAUUAUGGGAUUUCGACAUAGCGCUGUAAAAUCUCUAAACUUCCAGCAUGAACGCCGACGAAUAAAUAAUCUUGCUUUUUUUUUCUAUUCCUCUGAACACUCCCAGAAGUGUUUUAUGGCCGUUAAGCUUUAAAGUGAUGACUCAUCAGUCUAGAAAACACACCCAGGCACACUGUGUGACAUGCUGAUGAUUGUUAAACAUCUAAACACACACACACACACAUAAAGGUUGCCUCUAAAUGCUUGUGACUGAUGUGGAAUGAAACACACCUACUGAUUUAUGAUCUUAUCUUGCCGCAGUCGGACCUUUGCACCGUACAGCCUCACACACACUCACACAAAAGAUACACAACCGCCCCUUACUCAACACACUCGGUAAUCAUCACGUGUGCUUCUUUUUGAACUGACCGCAAAUGGGAUGCUGUUGAUGAGAAAAAAAAAACACUUUCUGUAAAGAAAAAUUCAAUAAAUUGUUGAUA